AUGAAGAGCACAUGGAGAUCUAUUUCACUUUUAUUAAUGUUAGUGUGUACAUUAUUCAACACUGCGUAUAGCUAUACUAUUACAGUUGAUGCACACGCCGAAGAGUGCUUCUUCGAAAAUGUUGAAGCUGAUACAAAAAUGGGUCUGACAUUUGAAAUAGCAGAAGGUGGGUUCCUAGAUAUAGAUGUAACGAUCACAGGCCCCGAUGGGGCUGUUAUCUAUAAAGGAGAAAGAGAAUCUUCAGGAAUGUACACAUUCUCUGCACCCACAACUGGCAAAUAUACUUACUGCUUUAGCAAUAAAAUGUCAACAAUGACACCUAAGGUGGUAAUGUUCAACCUGGAGAUUGGAGCACCCCAAAGCCACACUGGCAAUAAAGAUGAAGAAGUGAAUCACAACAAACUUGAAGACAUGAUCAAAGAGCUGGCCACUACACUCAAAACUGUGAAGAAUGAACAAGAGUAUAUGCAGGUCCGCGAUCGCAUACAUCGCUCUAUCAACGAAAGCACGAACUCACGCGUUGUGCUGUGGUCUGUCUUCGAGGCGUCUGUUCUUCUCGUCAUGACACUCGGCCAAGUCUACUAUCUUAAGAGGUUCUUCGAAGUGCAACGUGUCGUUUAA